AUGGUGGACAAAAGCGACGAGGAGACGGUCGAGGAGGAAACACAAGUCGAGCAGACCUCGGCGGCGUCGCUCGCCUGGGUCCUCGAUACGUGCGCCGAGGCGGUCGUCGAACUUACGGACGCGGAGGAUUUCGCGGACGCCUGUAUAUCUAGCGGCCCGGCGCACCACGCGCGGCUGAUGACCGGCGGGGCGACGCGGGUGCUGCUGCGCGCGAACCGAUCGCUGGUAAUCACCCAGGGCCGCGGCUGGGCCGAGCAAGAGGAAGAAUUUGAACUCACGCUCGCGGAGCACCUGGGCGCCGUCCGCGAGUGGAUUGCGUUCGAAGAGGACGGCCGCGGCACCCGCGCCGAGCAGUGGGUCCAGGAACACGUCGCGCGGCUCCAAGAGAAGAAGGACUGUAGAUAUACCAAACCCGAGGAGAAAGAGGAGUACGACGCCCGGAUCCAGCGCGUCCGCGAGACGGGAUUCAUCACGGAGCCGGCGGACCCGCGCCGGGCCGCCGUGCUCGCGCGCCUCGAGGCCACCGUCUAUUGCCACGGCGCCAUUAACGUGCCCGCGGACGGGGACCGCGACCCGUACUUCGACUAUAGCCAGACGAACAGCAAGGAGACCGCGGUCGUGUUGUCCCUCAGCGAUGGCCUGGGCGGCCGGCGCACGCUCUCUGGCCCGACAACGCGCGGUCGGGGGAUUUUCGCGUCCGCCGCGUCUGCGGGGCCGGCGCGGUCAACACGUUCCCCCGCGUCGGCGACUCGGACCACAAGCCCCCGAAGUACGCGCGCAGCAUGAUGCAAAGCGCCGGCGAGUCCCCGCGCGGCGUUCUGAAGCGGAUCCUGAGCAAGCUCUCGAAGAUCGCGACGCCGGCCGCGCUCGAGUCGCUCCCGCGCCUCGUCGCCGCGCUGGGCGGGUCCGACUACCUCCACGACAUCGUAGGGUCCAUCAACCGGAAGUACUACAAGCGGAAGCUCCGGCAGCACGAGGCGCAGGCUGGGAAGGGCGUCGAGCCCGACCCCGAGGAGGAGCAGUACUGGCGCUACGAGAUCCCGCACACCAUCUCCUAG